AGACAUGUCUCCAUAAUCUGUACGGCCAUCUGACAUCGCUGGAUCGAUGGAGGUGACGGGUCGCGACGUGCGGCUCCUGGCGCAGGAGGUGCCGCAGGCCUUGCCACAGACCGUGGUCGACCAGGAGGCGAGCACCCAUGGUGAAAUGAAGCGACGCGUGCUUUUCCUUUCGGCCAUCUUGGCCGUCUAUGUGGUGGUCAACGUCUUGGUCCAAUAUGCUUUCGAUGCGGCUGCCCUUGAAUCAGCCUUGGAGCAGAUCCGUGCAGUCACGAACGAGAAGGGCGGCCCCAUCCUUGCGAAACUGCUGAUGCGCAUGAUUCCCGGGGCGACCUUCUCCAUCAUGGUGGGCCUGUUGGUGCCGCUGUGCGGCUACCUCGGGGCGAAGCAGAACAGCCAAGGCUUGAUGGGCUGCUUUUGUGGGUGCAAUUUUUUGAAUUGCUGCUGCGGGAUGUGCAGCUUGGUCGGUACUAUCAUCGUGCUCGGCCUCAUCUCAGCUACAACUCCAGGCAUCGAGGAAUACCUGCGAGAUUGUGACCCAGUGCAGUGCUACAAGUGGCCGACGUCCUGGAGUGACGCAGUGAAGCAGCAGCACACGGUUGACUGUCUGGCGGCAGGGAUGUGGCCGGAGUACAAGAAGCAGUUUGAAGGACCUUCCUAUCCGCCUAUUUGCCCGAAGUUCCUCCUCCAGUGCGACGACGAUCAGCCGAAGGCACCGCCGGGCUUCAAGCCCUUUCAGCUUCGAGGCAUGCCAGGCAUGCCGGACCCAGACAUGCCCGUGGACUUUGACCCAGACUCCAUGGCCGCCAUGGGCCUGACUAUCGGUGAGCCUGAGUUGGAUCCUAUGCCCCGGCGGCUCCAGCUUUCCAGGCCGCGAGAGUGGCCGGAGAAGACUUGGCGGACCUUGCCGAAGUUCGAUGGCGCCGAUGACGACUUCUUCCAGGCUCAGAUUGUCAUGCCGCCCAACCCUAUUGCCAACUGCAAGCCUUCGGAGAAGGGUGUGGCGAUCUUGAAGCAGGCGCACAAGGUGGUGCCGGAGCUGGUGCCGAAGCUCGUCAUGUUCAUGGCGAUCAAAGCCUUGCUUCUGAUGCCGGUGAUCCUCUUUGGCUGCUUAGGCUUUUGGUGGGGCAACGAGCUUUACAACAGGCUCGGCCAAGGCUACGGGCACUUGGGCAACCACGCGGCACAACAACGCAUCAGCAGCCCAGAGGCGCCGGUGCAGAUGCAACUUCCCACUGUCCAGCCUUUGCAAGUCGCCUGAGGGCCGGCAGUGAGGGGCCUGCCCAAGCAUUCAGAGCAUUCGUUUGGCGGGGCGGCAAAGGAAUCUAGCACAGUGCUGACCCCUGUGGCGGGUGUGGAUAGAACGUCACCCGAAGCUGCCUUGUACAGAAGCGAGCUGUGCUCAGAUGCUUUUCCAUUCCUGUUUCGCAA